CACCCAAGUCACAUCAACCAAAAGCACACACACACACACACUUACAAAAACAAAAAGAAUAAAGAUGGGAAUCAUUUGUAAGAGUGUUUCUCUAACUCUCUUAGCACUUUUGUGCUUCACUUCCUCUGUUUUCACCUUAGGAGUGAAUCAACCUGGUUCUGCUCCCUUCCAUGGCCUUCCCGACCUUACCCUACCAUCCCCCCCACCGAUCAAAGCUCCCAUCAAAUUACCAACACUCCCACCGACCAAAGCUCCCAUCAAACUACCAACUCUCCCACCGGCCAAAGCUCCCAUUAAACUACCAGCUUACCCACCAGCCAAAGCUCCCAUUAAGCUACCAACUCUUCCACCAGCCAAAGCUCCUAUUAAGCUACCAACCCUCCCACCGAUCAAGCCUCCGGUUCUCCCACCAGUUUCCCCUCCUAAGCUCAACAGGACUCUAGUGGCCGUGCGGGGUUUAGUCUACUGCAAACCCUGCAAGUACGCUGGUGUCAACACCCUCAUAGGCGCCAAACCCGUUAAAGAUGCUGUGGUGAGACUUGUGUGCAAGAACAAGAAGAGCUCAAUAUCGGAGACAAAGACGGACAAGAACGGAUACUUCAUGUUCUUGGCUCCUAAGACGGUGUCCAGCUAUGCUAUCAAAGGUUGCCGAGCUUUCCUCGUGAAGUCGCCGGAUGCCAAAUGCAGCAAAGUGUCGAAGCUCCACGGUGGAGACAAGGGAGCCUACCUAAAGCCGGUCAUGAAACCAGGACCGUCCUCGGUCAUCAUCAACAAGCUCAAAUAUGCAAUGUUCAACGUUGGUCCAUUCGCAUUCGACCCUGCCUGCCCCAAAUGAGAUGGUUUUAAACUUUUAAUAAUACAGAUAGUUAAAAACUUUUAUUAUGUGGAUUAAACACAAUUUAGUGAUUGGGUUUGAUUGUAUCACACAGCUUGGGUUUGUUUGUAUGGGCUUUUGUUAUGCUUAGUGUCUUUCUAAUUUGCUUCUUUAAUAAAAUAACGGUGA